AUGAGUAAUGAAAUAGCAGCUCAAAUUCCUUCUUAUUUAUAUAAACCAAACCCGUCUCAUGAGUAUAUAAACUCACCUCAUAUGAAUUAUUAUAAUAUAGACACAACUGGAAGCUGUGAUGAUUCUGAAUUGUCACUACCAAUAAAUAAUAUUGGUCGAAUGAUGAGAGUGUCAUUACCUAGCUGUGCUAAAAUUUCAAGAGAGUCUAAGGUGUUGAUGCAACAUUUUUCUAAGGAAUUUAUUGGAAAUAUUUCAAACAAAGCUGGAGAAUUAUGCUCUUUAAAUAAAAGAAAAGUACUAAGUGGUGAUGAUAUUAUUAAAGCAUUAUCUGAAUGUGGAUUUGGUAAUUAUGUCGAAACUUUAGAUACUUAUCUAGCCUUUUGGAGAGGUUCAAAAUCUAAGAAUCAGCAUUCUGGAAUAAAAAAUAAUCAGCCUUAUAACACUUUAGAGUCAGUUAAUAGUCAACAUUAUUCUAAUAAUAAUGAUAAUUUGAAAUUUAAAAUGAUACAGAGUAAACAAGUAAACCAGCAUAUUUACCGGAAUGAACAGCUCUCUAAAAAACCCUUCAUACCUUAUCAAUAUAUGGAACAAACUAAUAAUGAGGAUUUGUAUAAUAGUCAACAGCCAAAUUAUAUAUUUCUACAAAAUAUGAAGCAUGGGAAUAAUAAUAAUCAGAAUGCAAAAGCAGCAAAUAAUAGUGAUAAUACGAAUAGUAAGAAUAAUUUAAAUAAAGCUUCUUAUUAUGCAGAUUUCAAAACUAAUAAUAGUGUUUUUUCUCCUAAAUUAUACGGAAAUUCUGCAAAUCUUAGAUCAUCAACAAUAAACAAUAAAAUGGAAUCAGAAAUUUCAUCUAAAGUGGAAAUUUCAGAGAAAUCACAAACUCUUGUUACAAAUAUUCAUGAAUAUUCUAGUAAUAAAUAUUCUAAGCGACCUUGUGACAAUAACUAUUUAUACUUUUCUCAACAAGACCUUAGUAUGAAUAUAAAGAGAACCAGAUCUGUCACAAUGGAAUCUAAUAAUAAUGAAACAGUGGAGUGUGAACAAUCGAAAAAUAUUGAAGAUUUGUUAUUAACAAGUAAUAUAGAAAGUAAUAUAUCAUCAGAAAGGAAUUUUGAAGGAAGUUAUGCUAGUAGUGAUGACGAAGAAGACCAAGAAGAUGAUUAUUUUGAAUGUACUAAUUUAGAGCAAUAUGGUGGGAAUAUAGAUGAUAUUCAUCAAAGUAUUCAAACUAGUGGAAAUUCAUUAAGAAAUCGUUUAUUGUAUGUUUCAGAUGGAUUCUAUGGUUAA